GUGAAUUUUAAGAGUUUUGGGUUUUAACAGAUUUCUUGUUACAUUGCAUUGGAUCGUUCUUUUUCAACGCAUGCUUUGAGCACGGUUUCUAAAAGGGCAUCGUCGCCAUUCUACCCCUUUGGUUCAACAUACUUGGAAUAGUUUCAAACCUCUAGUCCUUUGUGCCAGCUUUUUUUGGAAAAACAAACGGCCGAUCAUGGAGCGAAUGACGCCGACGGACAAGAAACCUGACGCGGGUGCAGGGAAUUCCUCCCAAGCAGCCUUUAUCAACAAACUUUACUCAAUGUUGGAAGAUUCUUCCGUUCAGCAUCUUAUUUGCUGGGACCCGACUGGCACGUAUUUUAUCGUAAAUAACAUUACCGAUUUUUCAAAAACGGUUUUACCCCAAUACUUUAAGCACAACAAUUUUGCAAGUUUUGUUCGACAACUUAACAUGUACGGUUUUCACAAGAUUAACGACAUGUACCACGGUAAUUCAUCGGAAACAUGGGAAUUCAAGCACCCCGAUUUUCGUCGAGGCCAAGUAGAACUCUUACAAAACAUCAAACGCAAAAGCUCCAAAAUGACCCAACAACAACGCGCCCAAGCCGCCGCGAACCUAACUAUAUCCAAAGACGAGCGUAUCGAGCAAUUAACAAACAAAGUACUGGAACUGGAAGAAAAAUUAGCCAAAGUCCACGAAUCGUAUAACCUUCUCUGGUCCGAAACCGUCGCUUGCCGGCUAUUACAGAGUAAACACCAUCAAGUCAUUACCAAUAUUACAUCAUUUUUGGCAUCGAUAUAUAGAGAAGAUGGGGAUAAUACCUCUCGAAAACGGAAAUUCGAUGUGGAUAUAUUACAGGCCGAGGUAGCAAAGAUUUCACCACAAGAUACAAAACCCAAUCCACUGCCUUCCAUCGAUCGACACAUUCAUAACAGGUCGUCACCGCCUCUUGUAGAGGAUCAUGGGUUGCAAUCGGAGACAGAGUCUGCGUAUGAAGAGUAUGAUGAGUAUUCGGGGGAUAUAGUCCAAGUAUCGCCGCCUGCUACGAAACGGUUGCGGACAAUGGUUUGAAAAGUGUUUUUUUUUUUUUUUUUGUAUAGAUACCCUUUAUUGGCUUUUCCAAGUGGGGGUUUUUUUGGGGGGUUUUCAUUGGUUUCUUUCUUCAUGUGAUAUACAUUUUCUUUAUUACAACAAAUAGUAUAAUACAAAAAAAAGACAUUGA